UGAAGUGGCCAAGUGUCUAGUGAAGUGUCGGUGAGGUGAAGUGGCCAACUGUGACUGCAGUGACGCCGUCAUCACCACUGGCUACGUAUAGAUAGACCGGCCGUGGCGAGUUGUCGGGCAUGGGUGAUGGGGGAGAUGGCAGUAGUGGGAGGGUGCGGUCGUGAGCAUGGUGCGGGGAGCAUGGGGGUGGCCCCCGGCCCGAGCCUAGGCCUCCGAAACCCAGCCCCGACAUGGUGCUCCCCAAAGAAUGAAGAAGCAAAACGUCCGGACCUUGUCCUUGAUAGUUUGCACAUUCACGUACCUUCUUGUUGGAGCUGCUGUUUUUGACGCGUUGGAGUCUGAGACUGAGAAACGCCGGUGGGAAGCACUUGAAGCAAUCGAAAAGAUGAUUAUCAAGAAAUAUAACAUAUCGCCAGACGACUUCCGAGUGAUGGAGACUGUGGUACUGAAGGCUGAACCACACAAGGCGGGACAACAGUGGAAGUUCGCUGGUGCCUUCUACUAUGCAACUACCGUGCUUACUACAAUAGGAUACGGACACUCGACGCCCAACACGGUGGGAGGCAAGCUGUUCACCAUGUGCUACGCCAUCGUCGGCAUCCCCCUGGGCCUGGUCAUGUUCCAGAGCAUCGGAGAACGGCUCAACAAGUUCUCGUCCGUGGUGAUCCGCAACGUCAAGAAGCUUCUACGCUGCAAGAACGUGGAAGCGUCCGAGUUGAACCUCAUCUGUGUGGUUAUGACACUAAGUAGCCUGACGAUAGCCGGGGGUGCGGCAGCCUUUAGUCGGUACGAAGGGUGGACUUACUUUGACUCUGUGUACUAUUGCUUCAUCACCCUGACUACCAUCGGGUUCGGCGACAUGGUCGCGUUACAAAAAGACAAUGCACUGGACAAAAAGCCAGAAUAUGUGGCCUUUGCGCUAAUUUUUAUUCUUUUUGGGUUGGCCAUCGUGGCCGCUUCGCUCAAUUUGCUCGUGUUGCGGUUUGUGACGAUGAACACUGAAGACGAACGCCGGGACGAGGCUGAGGCCCUGCAGGCGGCCCAGGGGGCAGUGCGCCUGGAGGGGGACGUGAUCACUGCCAACGGGUCCAUUCUCAGCGGGCAGAUAGGAGAGUCGAGCUCACUGGACGAGACAGCGUCCGUGUGCAGUUGCAGCUGCGGGUGGCAGGGUCGUCAACACCACUACUCGGUGCGACGGUCGUCGACGCGGCACCAACAAGAGCUGCGACACCAACAGCCGCUGCUGCCACUGGCACCGCUGCGACCCCUCCCCCCCGCCAGCAGACUACACCGUGCCUCCAUCUGACUGGCCAUACACUCUCGUCGACUCAGU